CCACUCGCUCAAGGGAUAAUACUGUCAUGGCGCGGACGAGCUAUAGCAGUGGGUAAAUCAGGAAGAGAAUUCGCUGUAAGUGGGUUAACUGAAACGUGAACAGGUCUAGCGGUUUUUAGGGAAGAACCGAGUGGACUGCGGUCCGUUGUCGAGCACCAUUAGAGCUGUUUCCGGACUUGAGACACGUUUCGGAGUUCUUGCUUGCUCAUGACAUCGCGCUACCUGUCAAGCCUGUGACAAUAGCAAGUUCUGCUGCUCUAGUAGCCUGGCUGGACUAACGAAGAAAUGAAAGUCGAGGUUGCCUCGUUUCUAUUUUGACAGAGGAUCGGAAGGGCAAGGUCUUUGCGACUUUACUACUACAGCCUGUUAUCAAGCUGGUCCAUUUUAGGGAACGGUUUUAGGUGCAUUAUUUAAUUCGCCUCCUAUCAAGUUUCCGACCGGGGAGAGUAGUUCUGCAUGGAAACGCAGUGAACUAAGGUCGCGGUGUAAUCGACUAGAAAUUCAGUUCUCGUGCGUAUCUACCUCUCGCGGACUGCAAAACUAAUUUGGUUAAAUCUAAUGAUCAUUUGGGAAACUGUUUUUAAUGGGGACGGAACUAUUUCCGUGGUUUAUCAGCAGACUGUCUACAUAACUCAGAAGAAGUAGGAUACAAUUGUUUUUCUUCACCGACUUUCCUGUAACCAAUUACCGCCUUCGGGAGUGAACAGGUGCCUUACCUGCUAACGCCACCUGUCCUGUAGCAAUGGCUAACGAGGGCAUGCUGGGAGCUGGUCGGCCAGCUGGGCAAGGCGAUGGAACGACGACUGUGUCUCUCAAUCCUUCAAUCCCUAUUCGAGGAAUCAAAAUGAAAUUCGCUGUCCUGGCGGGCCUGGUGGAAGUUGGGGAAGUUUCCAACCGGGACAUUGUAGAGACAGUCUUCAACCUGUUGGUGGGAGGCCAGUUUGACCUGGAGAUGAACUUCAUCAUCCAGGAGCAGGAGAGCAUCGUCUGCAUGGUUGAGCUACUGGACAAGUGCGAGCCCACGUGCCAGGCGGAGGUAUGGAGCAUCUUCACGGCCGUCCUGAAGAAGAGCGUGAGCAACCUGCAGGCCUGCACCGACACGGGCCUCAUCAGCCUGGUCCUGGAGCGUGUGGCCUACACUGAGAGCAUGAUCGCAGACCUGAUGGUGGACAUGUUAGGAGUGCUGGCCAGCUACAGCAUCACCGUCAAGGAGCUGAAGCUGUUCUUCAGCAAACUGCAAGGAGAGAAAGGCCAAUGGCCUCCCCACGCCGUGAAGCUGCUGUCCGUCCUGAAGAGCAUGGCCCACAGCAGCGGGCCGGACUCCUUCUUCAGCUUCCCGGGGAAGAGCGCCGCCGCCAUUGCACUGCCCCCUAUAGCCAAAUGGCCAUACCAGAGUGGCUUCACCUUCCAUACCUGGCUCCGCAUGGAUCCCAUCAACAACAUCAACGUUGACAAGGACAAGCCUUACCUUUACUGUUUUCGCACCAACAAAGGCCUGGGCUACUCUGCACACUUCGUGGGCGGCUGUCUGAUUGUGACCUCGUUAAAAUCCAAGGGAAAGGGAUUCCAGCACUGUGUGAAGUAUGACUUUAAGCCGCAGAAGUGGUACAUGGUGUCCAUCGUUCACAUCUACAACCGCUGGAAGAACAGCGAGAUCAGCUGCUACGUCAACGGAGAGCUGGCCUCCUACGGAGAAAUCACCUGGUUCGUCAACACCAGCGACACUUUCGACAAGUGUUUCCUGGGUUCGUCGGAGACGGCGGACGCCAACCGCGUGUUCUGUGGUCAGAUGGGGGCCGUGUAUCUGUUCGGUGAGGCCCUCAGCGCGGCCCAGAUACUGGCCAUCUACCAACUGGGGCCAGGGUACAAGGGCACCUUCAAGUACAAGGCGGAGAGUGACCUCCUGUUUGCCGAGCACCACAAGACCCUGCUGUACGACGGCAAGCUGUCCUCCUGCAUCGCCUUCACCUACAACCCCCGUGCCACCGACGCUCAGCUGUGCCUGGAGUCCUCCCCCAAGGACAACUCCUCCAUCUUCGUCCACUCGCCGCACGCUCUGAUGCUGCAGGACGUGAGGGCGGUGGUGACCCACUCGGUUCAGAGUGCCAUCCAUUCCAUUGGGGGAGUGCAGGUCCUCUUCCCUCUGUUCGCCCAGCUGGAUCACCUGCAGCACACCAGCGAAGAGCUGGACACCUCUGUCUGUUGCACUUUGCUGUCCUUUGUGAUGGAGCUGCUGAAGAACUCUGUGGCUAUGCAAGAGCAGGUUCUGGCCUGCAAGGGCUUUCUAGUAAUCGGUCACACACUGGAGAAGUCUUCCAAAGUGCACGUGACUCGGCCCGUGCUGGAAAUCGUGCUGGCGUUCGCCCGUUACCUCAGCAACCUGCAGAACGGCGUCCUCCUGCUGAAGCAGCUGUGUGACCACAUCCUGUUCAACCCGGCCAUCUGGAUCCACGCCCCGGCCAAGGUCCAGUUAACCCUGUACACCUACCUGUCGACUGAGUUCAUCAGCACGGUGACCAUCUACAACGCCAUCCGCAGGGUGGGGACGGUACUGCAGGUCAUGCACACACUCAAGUACUACUACUGGGUGGUCAACCCUCAGGACCGCAGUGGAGUCACACCCAAGGGCCUCGAUGGCCCGAGACCCAAUCAGAAGGAAAUCAACUCCCUCAGAGCUUUUCUGCUGCUGUUUGUCAAACAGCUCAUAAUGAAGGAUUACGGCGUGAAGGAAGACGAACUACAGAGUAUUCUCAACUACCUGCUCACUAUGCACGAGGACGACAAUCUAAUGGAUGUGCUCCAGUUGCUGGUGGCGUUGAUGUCCGAGCAUCCCGGCUCCAUGGUCCAGGCCUUUGAUCAGCGCAGUGGAAUACGGGUUAUAUACAAGCUGCUAGCUUCCAAAAGUGAAGGAAUCAGAGUGCAGGCACUCAAGGUCAUGGGCUACUUUCUCAAGCACUUGCCUGCUAAGAGGAAGUCGGAGGUCAUGCUGGGUCACGGCCUGUUCUCCCUGCUCACAGAGCGACUGAUGCUCCACGCGAGCCCGUUCACCAUGACAACCUACAACGUGCUCUUCGAGAUCCUGACUGAGCAGAUCUGCACUCAAGUGAUUCAUAAACAACAUCCGGACCCCGACUCCACUGUCAAGAUUCUCAACCCACAGGUCCUGAAGGUGAUCGCCGCCCUUCUGAAAAACUCUCCCCCAUCUCCUGAGAGCAUGGAGGUGCGCCGGAUCUUCCUGUCAGACAUGAUCAAACUGUUCAAUAACAGCAAAGAAAACCGGAGGAGCCUGUUACAGUGUUCGGUGUGGCAGGAGUGGAUGCUCUCGCUGUGCUUCAUUAACCCCAAGAGCAGCGAGGAGCAGAAGAUCUCCGAGAUGGUGUACGCCAUCUUCCGCAUCCUGCUGUACCACGCCGUCAAGUACGAGUGGGGCGGCUGGCGCGUGUGGGUGGACACCCUGUCCAUCACCCACUCCAAGGUGACCUUUGAGCAGCACAAGGAGAGCCUGUCUCAUAUGUUCCGCCAGUACCAGAGUCAGGGCUCUGAGGGUGAUUUGACCAGGGUUCGUACCAUCUCCGGGGCCAGGGCCGAUCAGGGGGAGGAGACGGCCCCCUCCACUGUCAUAGAGCUCACUGUAGACCCAGAUGUGGCUCCCCAGAGCCAGGAAUCCCCCAGCACUUCUCCUCCUUCUGUUGUCUCCACAUCCUCCGCCCCGUCUGCCAGCCCACCAGAGGGUGACCGGGAUGAAAGUCAGAGGGACGAAGAACCCAUAACCUUGUCCGACAUACUUGCCAAGGCCGAAGAGGGGGAGAAGGAAGAACUGCAGCUGGAUCAGAUAGCGGAGGAGCAGAGAAAAGUUGCUGAUGAUGGAGUUGACGAUACUACUCAGAAGACCGCAGUUAAACCCACAGGGUAUGAAGUUUGCGUUGAGACCAUUGAGAGGGAAGCCUCAUCUAAGACCUCUGCAGACAAGGGCGACUGCGCAGACGGACUGAAGUCUGCGGCCGCCAGCACAGCUGGAACAGAUGAAGUGACAAAGCCAGGAACUGAGGACGCGAAGGCAGGUGAACAGAACACUGACGAUGUCAAACAAACAAUCCACGAUGCUAAAAAAGAGUUUGUAGAAAAAACUAAACUUCGAACGGAUCACAAGAAAGACUCCGACAACGACAACGAUGAAGUCGACAAAGUACUUAUGUCUGAGGAUUCCCUGAACGAACCAGAACCAGUGAAUGUAACGGAUAAGCAGGUGUCUGCUGAAUCAUUGGCUGGCCAAAAGGAUGAUCUGGUCGUGUCCGGGGUCCCGGGGGGGUCUUCAAUUAUGGACCAGGUACACCACAGCUCUACUGACGACAGCUUGGAGUCCUCGUCCUUUGUCUCUGCCGCUUGCGGGGAGGAUGAAGAGGAGGAAGAACGGCAGGACCAGGUGAAGACAGGGAAUGUCGGAAUUAAGGAGAAGGAAGGGAUUAAAGCAGACGAGGUCAAGGCGGAGACGAAAUCGAAGGAAGUGACGGAAGCGGAAAUUGCCAAAGUUGAGCCAGCUGUAGAAUCUCCGGAGAGUCAAGAGGCACCACCUGCUUCACCCCCCAAGGAAAGUGAGGCAGAACCUGCCCAGAUGGAGGAGAUUGACCUAAAUCAGCCAGGCACUGACAUUGUCAGCUCAGAUCCAGCCCAGCAGCCUCAGCCUUCAGAGACCAGAGCGUCGCCCCCUGCAGCUCAGGAGGCCGCAACGGCAGCAUUAGGGGCCUCAACCAACCCCCCAGAGGUUCCCAGCAGCGAGAUCGUCCCGCCACCCUCUGGUGCCACUGGUGUCCUCGGCACCAGCACUGAUACCUCUCCAAAGACAGCCACUGCUUUGCAGGAGAGUAAAGAUGGUGCAACCGAGAGCCCCAGCGCUGCCGUCAAGACCAAAGAGAUCCACAUCGCCAGGCUGGAUGUGUCCAGUGUGGCCUCAGACACAGAGAAACUAGAGCUGAAGGAGGCUUCUGCACCUGAGACUCUCCAGGGCCAGCCAGCUGCGGUGGGGGCCUCAGGGGGCCCGUCCAGAGAAGGUGGCUCCUCCUCCUCUUCGGCCCGGUCCACCAUGUUCCGUAUCCCUGAGUUCCGCUGGUCCCACAUGCAUCAGCGUCUGCUCACCGACCUGCUCUUCUCCAUCGAGACCGACGUGCAGAUGUGGCGGAGUCACUCCACCAAGACGGUGUUGGACUUUGUGAACAGCAGUGAGAACGUGGUGUUUGUCCACAACACGGUGCACCUGGUCUCUCAGGUGGUGGACAACCUCAUCAUGGCCUGUGGAGGGAUCCUGCCGCUGCUGUCUGCCGCCACGUCCUCCACUCACGAGUUGGAGAACAUCGAGCCGUCCCAGGGCUUGGAGGUGGAGGCCUCCGUCACAUUCCUGCGGCGUCUCAUCAACCUGGUGGACGUUCUCAUCUUUGCCUCGUCCCUGAACUUCACGGAGAUCGAGGCCGAGAAGAACAUGUCCUCGGGGGGGAUUCUGCGACAGUGCCUUCGCCUGGUCUGUGCCAUGGCUGUGAGGAACUGUCUGGAGUGUCAGCAGCAUUCCCACUUCAUGCCCAGCCAGGACAGUGCCCGCAGCCAGCAGUCCACGCCGAGCCUCAUGGGAGCAGCCAAGUCCGUGCCAGCGCAGAGCCCUGUGGACGUGGUGACGGGAGGGAUGUCGCCAAUCCGCGACAUGGACCGACUUCUUCAGGACAUGGACAUCAACCGCCUCCGAGCCGUGGUCUUCAGAGACAUUGAUGACAGUAAGCAGGCUCAGUUCCUGGCCCUGGCCGUGGUCUACUUCAUCUCUGUCCUCAUGGUGUCAAAAUACAGAGACAUCCUGGAGCCCCAGAACGACAAGAAACAACCGCAGAGGAGCCAGUCCACCCGGAGUGCAGAUAUGGGCGUCGUCUCCGGCGGUCCCGAUCCGGAUAGCGGCGUGUCGUCCCUGCGACGCAGUGUCUCUGGUCCCGGGGAAGACCACGCCUCAAUGACCCCUGCCGGGGCAAACUCCACCGCCCAGGGCCCUGACGCCGUCUCAGAGGCUCUGUCCACCCUCUCCUCAGAGGUCAGGGGUCACAGGGGCCAGGAUGCCCUCAAGGGAGACGCCAGGGCCGGGAAGAAUGUCAAUGUGAAGGACAUCCUGCGCAGCCUGGUUUCGGCGCCUGCUGAUGACAUCAUGGUGGAUCCUAGCCUGCUGCCUCCGACGUUCCUGGGAGCUGCUAUGGGAGAAAGCCCUAACCAGUUCAGAUCUUUUGACAGAAGCGUAAGGGUGGCUCCCAAGAAAGUUGGCGCCGCCUCGUCCCCUGGCUCUUCCACGCCUGUCCCACCGUCCGGGACGCCGGUCAACAGCGUCGCUGUGGUGUCCACGGGCGACGCUCCUCAGAACGCCGCGGCCGACGCGUCCGCUGCAGGAACAGCCAGCUCCAACCUGCCAUCUGUCCCCACGCUGUCCCCAGUGACCCCCAACAUGAGCAUCUCCGAGAGGCUGGAACAUGCUCUGGAGAAGGCUGCUCCUCUACUGAGGGAGAUCUUUGUGGACUUCGCCCCGUUCCUGUCUCGCACACUGCUGGGCAGUCACGGACAGGAGCUGCUCAUCGAGGGCACCAGUCUGGUGUGCAUGAAGUCCAGCAGCUCCGUGGUGGAGCUGGUCAUGCUGCUCUGUUCUCAGGAGUGGCAGAACUCUAUUCAGAAGAAUGCAGGCUUGGCCUUUAUUGAGCUAGUCAACGAGGGCAGGCUGCUGAGUCACACCAUGAAGGAUCAUCUGGUGCGCGUCGCCAAUGAGGCAGAGUUCAUCUUGAGUCGCCAGAGAGCCGAGGACAUCCACAAACACGCCGAGUUUGAGUCCCACUGUGCCCAGUACUCGGCCGAAAAGCGCGACGAGGAGAAGAUGUGUGACCACCUGAUCCGGGCGGCCAAGUACCGCGACCACGUCACAGCCACCCAGCUCAUCCAGAAGAUUGUCAACAUCCUUACCGACAAACAUGGCGCCUGGGGGCGUUCUGCUGCCAGCCGUCCUCGGGAGUUCUGGCGCCUGGACUACUGGGAAGACGACUUGAGACGGCGCCGGCGUUUCGUGCGGAACCCCUUCGGAUCCACGCACUCCGAGGCCACGCUCAAAGCCGCGGCGGAACACGUGGUGACUGGUAUUAAUGCUCCUGAGGAAGAUAUCCUCAAAGGUAAGCAGUGCAUCAGAAGUCACGCGCUGGGAAAUCAGAACUCCGAGAGUGAGAUAUUGUUGGAUGGCGACGACGACACCCUGUCAUCCUUGGAGGAGAAAGAAUUGGAGAACCUAACAGGCCCUGUUAACCUGAGCACCAGUGCUCAGCUGGUCGCCCCGGCUGUGGUAGUGAAGGGAACGCUGUCUAUCACCGCAUCUGAGCUGUACUUCGAGGUGGAUGAAGAAGAGGCCGGCUUUAAGGCGAUCGAUCCAAAGAUCCUGGCCUACACAGAGGGGCUCCAUGGUAAAUGGCUGUUCACAGAGAUCAGGGCCGUCUUCUCCAGGCGUUACCUGCUACAGAACACAGCCCUGGAGAUCUUCAUGGCCAACAGAACCGCGGUCAUGUUCAACUUCCCAGAUGCUGCCUCCGUCAAGAAGGUGAUCCACUGUCUUCCUCGUGUCGGGGUGGGCACCAACUUUGGCCUCCCCCAGACCAGGCGUAUCUCCCAGGCCAGUCCCAAGCAGCUGUACAAGGCCUCCAACAUGACCCAGCGCUGGCAGCGCAGAGAGAUCUCCAACUUUGAGUACCUCAUCUUCCUCAACACCAUCUCCGGUCGGACCUACAACGACCUGAACCAGUAUCCCGUCUUCCCCUGGGUCAUCACUAACUACGACACUGAAGAUCUGGACCUCACCCUGCCCAGCAACUACAGAGACCUGUCCAAGCCCAUUGGAGCGCUAAACCCCAAGAGGGCGGCGUUCUUCAACGACCGCUAUGAAUCCUGGGAGGACGACCAGGUGCCCAAGUUCCACUACGGAACCCACUAUUCCACCGCCAGCUUUACCCAGAUGUGGCUGCUUCGCACUGAGCCCUUCACCACCAUGUUCCUGAACUUCCAGGGAGGGAAGUUUGACCAUGCCGACCGUACAUUCUCCUCUGUGUCGCGAGCCUGGAGGAACUGCCAGAGAGACACCUCAGAUGUGAAGGAGUUGAUCCCGGAGUUCUACUACCUUCCUGAGAUGUUCCUGAACGCCAACAACUACAGCCUGGGAGUGAUGGACGAUGGAAGCGUGGUGUCUGACGUGGAGCUGCCACCGUGGGCCAAGACGCCAGAGGAGUUCGUACGCAUCAAUAGACUGGCCCUGGAGAGUGAGUUUGUGUCUUGCCAACUGCACCAGUGGAUCGACCUGAUCUUCGGCUACAAGCAGCAGGGUCCGGAAGCCAUCAGGGCCCUGAACGUCUUCUACUACCUGACCUACGAAGGCGCGGUCAGCCUCAGCUCCAUCACCGAGCCCCUGCUCAGAGAGGCGGUGGAGGCCCAGAUCAGGAGUUUCGGACAGACACCUUGUCAGCUGCUCAUUGAGCCCCACCCACCAAGGAGCUCUGCCAUGCAGGUGUAUCUCCUCCUGCAGACCCCCCUGAUGUUCACGGAGCAGAUGCAGCAGGACGUCAUCAUGGUGCUGAAGUUCCCCAGCAACUCCCCCGUGGCCCACGUGGCCGCCAACACCCAGCCGGGCCUCGCAGCCCCCGCCAUCAUCACCGUCACCGCCAACCGCCUCUUCGCCGUCAACAAGUGGCACGGCCUGGCUGGUCAUCAAGGUUCUUCUUCAGUUCAGGAUCAGCAGUACCAACUGCCUGUGGAAAUCGACCCUUUGAUAGCCAACAACGUGGGGAUGCACCGCCGUCAGAUUACAGACCUGCUGGACCAGAGCAUUCAGAUUCACGCUCAGUGCUUCGUGGUCACCGCGGACAAUCGCUUCAUCCUGCUCUGCGGCUUCUGGGACAAGAGCUUCCGCGUCUACUCCACGGACUCCGCUCCAAAUCAUCGACCCUUCCACAAGACCUCUAAUCCAUCAGGGAAGCUGACCCAGAUAGUUUUUGGUCACCGGGACGUGGUCACGUGUCUGGCCCGGUCUGAGUCGUACAUCGGAGGGGACUGCUACGUUCUGUCCGGGUCCAGGGAUGCCACGCUGCUCCUCUGGUACUGGAACGGGAAACACAGCAGUAUCGGAGAAAACCCAGGAACCGAGUUUGUGACACCCAGGGCCAUUUUGACAGGUCAUGACUGUGAGGUCAUGUGUGCCAGCGUGUGCGCUGAACUGGGACUGGUCAUCAGCGGAUGCAGAGAGGGCCCGUGUCUGAUCCAUUCCAUGAAUGGGGACCUGCUGCGGACCCUGGAGGGGCCGGCGGGCUGCGUGCGACCCCGUCUGAUCCAGUCCUCGACCGAGGGCCAUGCUGUGGUCUACUACGACAAGGGACACUUCUGCUUCUUCUCCGUCAAUGGAAAGUUACUGGGACACAUGGAGCUGGAGGACAGCAUCAAGGCCAUGUUGCUGAGUCGUGACGGCCAGUAUCUGUUGACCGGGGGUGAUGGGGGAGUUCUGUCUGUCUGGCAGGUCCACAACCUCAAGCAGCUGUUCACCUACCCGGGCUGCGACGCGGGGAUCCGCUCUAUGGCCACGUCCCACGACCAAAGGUGCAUCAUCACGGGCAUGGCCUCCGGAAGCAUCGUUCUGUUCUACAACGACUUCAACAGGUGGCACCACGAGUACCAGACCAGAUACUGAGCCACGACCAGACGUCCGAAACCGCCGAUGCGUCGGAGACGCCUGGUGACCACGUGACUCCACACACCUGUCCCAACACACUACUACUGAUCAAUGCAUAUUAUUAUCUCCUGAAUGUAUCGAACAGAAAAAGAUGAAAGAACUGUCCAAUUCUGUUUUCGAAAAAGAAGCAAAAUAUUUUUAAAAACCAGGGCAUUGCUAUAUUUUGUAGAGUGUAUUGAAAAUUUCAUAUAAUAUAAAACCUAGGGCGGGGGGGGGUUAUAAGGUUACAAAUCUAUUUUUAGCUUGUUAAGAGUCUAUUUUCAUCUAUAGCGCGAGGAAAAUAAGGGUAUAAUGUGGAGUAGCUGGGUAGAAAAUUCUAUUUGCAUCUAUUGUCUUAAAAAUCCACAUAUUUGUGUACUUUAGGGGUGAGUGGCUUUUUUCUGUAGGUGUGAAACAUGGGAGUGUAAUCAUUUGGUCGUUUCUCCAAUUUGUUCAGUUCUUUUCUUUUUGCUACCUUGUGGCAACGCAGCUAAAUGGAAUGUAAGUAAAGUUUGUGAGGCAUUCGAGCAGUAAGUUUAGUGAGUCCCUGACUUCUAACAAUACAUUUAUGUGAGGGAAUAUAUUCUAUUUAAUGUUUGUACCGCGCCUCUUGAAGCGGACAGGUCUUGCCUUUCCACGCACGAGUCAUGCCUCCCCUGUUCUGACGCUGCAAGACACAUCACCGGCUGUCAUACCUGUCGGACAAGACAGUCUUAAGGGUAAGCCGUUCAUUCCGGUCUGCCACCGGGAGUGACCAGUCCGCUUGUGUCUGAGUGUUGUCGUGGCGAUCAUUAGCUUUAUUAUAUCUCGUUACCACACAGAGGGGUAACAUUUCUGUCAGCAGAAACUGAUGUCAUGGGUUACACCUGAAGUCGUUUUAAACGUCUUCUUGAACUACUUUCCUUCGAAUUGCUAAAACCUUUCCUUUGUGUAGAAUACGGAGAGCGGAAAAGAAGGAAUUCAGAGGUGCCGAUGUGACUGGUUUUUCGACUUGGUGUGGCCUAUUUAUCACAUUGUUAGCGUAGCUCACUCUGCUGAGGGUUUUGUGUUGUACUGGCAUGUCAACAUCCCAGACCACGCUGAGGUGAUCAAGGCCCUCCGUACCCAAAGCAUUUCAUUAUAGCCAAGAGAGGUGUGAUCUGGAACAAGGGAUCUGUCAGUCUGUCACCGCCAGGUGAUCAUGUUUAGUCAGUGCUUCACCAAGGCAAUCAGGGUGUGCAGUUUUUGAAACGUAAUAAAACAAAAACAAAGAAACACGGAGAAGAAAUUCUUGCCCAACCUGAAGAACGUUUUGCGUUGGGUCAACCUGCGAUUACGACUGCAAUGAAAUUACAAUUACUGUAUUUGUUUGUAUCGCUCAAUAUUUUGGUAAUCAAUUUGGAUGAGUGUUUUUGACGUGUGAGUUCUGACAAUAAAAUGGAAUUUUUUAAGUUGA